UGCAUACAUGCACAAUAACCAGGAACUCAUUGACUUUCCUGCAAUACUUUCGAUACUAGUUUCCAUUGUUAACAUAUCAGUGACCUUGGGAAGUGUGAUCUAUAUUCAAAUACAUGGCAUUUCCUUCCAAACAGUGAUAUUUGAAACAUAGCGCUUUACGUUUAUCAAUCUCCAAAGCAUUGUUAAUUUUUAAUUGUAAAUUUAAGAAACUGAAAGGAUGAAAACUUUCGUUUAUAUCUCCAUUUUGGCAGCUACCCUGGCUUUAUUUUUAGUUUCUGUGGAAAGUUAUUCUGUACCCAAUUGCAAUCAGUGUGACCGACGCAUGUGUCCACCAAUAUAUAACUGCUGGUGUGGAUAUUAUAUGGACUACUGUGGUUGCUGCCCAAUCUGCUACAGAUGUCCAGGUGAAAGAUGCAGUAGCAUCGCUAAUGAGCGUUGUGCUGGCAGCCGUUGUAUGACUCCCGAUGGUAUACCUCCAGCUCUAGCUAUUAACUAUCCUGGCCAAUGUUUAUAAAUAACAAUGUAAGCAGUUCUGCAUUUAAUAAAUAUGUUAAAUAGUGGAAUCUAUUGUGACACCAAUUCAACUCUGACAAAAAUUAGUUACUAAUUCAACUGUAAUAAAUAAUUUGUUAACUAAGAACACUGUGUUUGUCAGAUUUGGCUCUGUAACCUGAAAAUAAAAUUUGUUUGAAACUUAAA